AGCUGACGCUUUGCGGAACUGUAGUUUAGUCCUGCAGAUUUUAGUAAUAUAGAUAAAGUAGUGGAUAUUUUAGUUUAGUAGUUCCAAAGUUAGUCUUAAAUCUUUCCUCUGAUAAAUCUCUCUUUAGAUCAAAGUCAGUGCCUUAAAAACAUUAGCCAUGGCGCUCAGCGAUGCCGCGGUACAGAAACAGAUCAAACACAUGAUGGCCUUUAUUGAGCAGGAAGCCAGUGAGAAGGCAGAAGAAAUAGAUGCAAAGGCAGAAGAAGAGUUUAAUAUCGAAAAGGGACGACUGGUACAGACUCAGAGGUUGAAGAUAAUGGAGUACUAUGAGAAGAAAGAGAAACAGAUUGAACAACAGAAGAAAAUCCAAAUGUCAAAUUUGAUGAACCAGGCCAGACUAAAGGUACUCAAAGCCCGUGAUGACAUGGUUAAGGAUCUUCUUAACGAAGCACAAAAACAGCUUGCCGACAUUGCUAAAAAACCAAAUGAAUACCCAAAACUGCUGGAGGGGCUGGUGUUACAGGGAUUUUAUCAGCUGCUGGAGCCAAAGGUUAUAAUUCGGUGCAGGAAGGAAGAUGUAGCGAUGGUGCAGGCUGCUGUUAAGAAAAACAUCCCCAUCUACAAAGAAACAGUAAAGAGUAAUAUUGAAGUGCGCAUCGACGAGAACAACUUCCUGCACCCUGACAUCUCGGGAGGUGUUGAAGUCUACAACGCCGAUGGCAAAAUCAAAGUGUCCAACACACUGGAAAGCAGACUGGACCUUCUAGCACAACAGAUGAUGCCUGAGAUCAGAGUGCAGCUGUUUGGUGCCAACCAAAACCGCAAGUUCAUGGACUAAUAGUCUGUUACACAAUGUGCCAAAGUGGUAGAACGGUGAAAUUUAAAGCCUUGAUAAAGUGAUGAGGAGGUUUGAUGGGAAGUUUUAUUUUUUUUAAAGGUCAAUGUGGAUUUUCCUGAAGUAAAAAAAAAAAAAUCAGGAAAUUCAACCGAUCAUGUUUCAACUACUUAUUGCGUUCUCUCUUUUCCUUUGAAUGUUUUUGCUGUUUCUCUUGAAAAAGCAAGCCAAAAAAAAGUGUUCACAAUGAAAGGCUUAUCAUGUGUGCUUAUGUUACCUUAUAUCUCUCCUUUGAGUGUUUAUUUAACGCUUUCUGUUUGAAUAUCAUGUCAUCUGUAGGGAAAGUGGACACCUGACAUCUCAGCCUGUUUGAACAAAAGCUUUAAGCACUCUGGAAUUUACAUUGUCAUUGGCUUGAAUGUUGUUAGCUAAGCUAGCAACCUAACAGGUUUUCCCUGGAACAGGGGAAACCUCAUUUGAUGUCUUAAAAAUACAGAUGACUCUGUGCCCGUCUGUGUUUUCAUUUGUAGUACAACUGCAUUAUACUACAGAGAAAUAAAUCAAAUAUAUUUUAUUUA